AAUUAUCCGUCUAGUUAUUAUCAUACCGGCUGCAUGCCAUAUGAAUUCGAAGAAACAACCACCUUUGUGUCACUUUUGUUCACUCUUAGUUCGAAAUAGUUUUUAUCGUGCUAACCUUCAUUUCGAGACCGUCGUUUUUUUUAUUGCAUGUAGCAUUCAUUAUCUCGGUUAUCUAACAGUUACCGUUUUAUUUUUAUUUGAUAUUUUCGAAUUUCGAAAUUCGUAGAUAUUAUUAGCUGGUUUUUCGGCGCGAUUUUAAAAAUGCCCGCCUCGUUUUACUCGCUAAGUCCGGGAGAAAUGAGUACGAUAUCCGAUGGUGAACUCGAUGGUACCGAUUAUCUUUUGAGCAGUACCAUCAGGCUGGAUGACUGUACUUACUUAGGGUUUAAUCUGCUUGCAGACUCCGAUUCGCCGAUGUCAGCAACGGGGGGCUGCGUACCAACCGGCGGAGUCGGCAACGUGGCCAUAACCGCCUCCCUGACUCAGCAACACGCAGGCGGGGGCGUCGUGCCGCCCUCCGCCCUCGGGCAGCAACACUGCGCCAUCUGCGGUGACAGGGCGACCGGAAAACAUUAUGGGGCGGCAUCAUGCGAUGGCUGUAAGGGAUUUUUUCGACGGAGUGUACGCAAGAAUCAUUUAUAUACUUGCAGAUUUAGCAGAAAUUGUGUGGUGGACAAAGACAAACGAAAUCAGUGCAGAUACUGUCGGCUUCGAAAAUGUUUUAAGGCCGGAAUGAAGAAAGAAGCGGUACAAAACGAGAGAGACAGGAUCAGCUGUAGGAGGCCCAGUUACGAGGAAAACAAUCAAAAUAACGGCUUAUCGGUCAGUUCGUUACUCAAUGCGGAAAUGUUGUCGCGGCAAGUUGGGGCUGCUUUAGAACAAAUGGGACCAACUCCAGUAAACGACUAUGACCUAUCAGGCAGGCAACAAGCGAAUUUAAAUGACAUUUGCGACUCAAUGAAACAGCAACUUUUAAUAUUGGUCGAGUGGGCGAAAUACAUUCCAGCAUUUACGGAACUCCAAUUAGACGAUCAGGUGGCGUUACUUAGAGCGCAUGCGGGCGAGCACCUACUUCUAGGUCUAGCGCGGAGAUCUAUGCACCUAAAGGACGUUCUACUACUAGGAAACAAUUGCAUAAUCACAAAACAAGGACCAGUUUAUCCAAUGGGUGAUCACUCCGCAGAUCUCAGUAUCGCCAGGGUGGGCAGUCGCAUCAUGGACGAGCUCGUCAAACCGAUGACCGAGGUGCAAAUCGACGACACCGAGUUCGCGUGCUUGAAGGCCAUCGUUUUCUUUGAUCCAAAUGCUAAAGGACUAAGUAACUCGGAUCGCAUAAAACAGCUCCGUUUCCAAAUCCAAAUCAACCUCGAAGACUACAUCAGCGACAGACAGUACGACAGCAGAGGGCGCUUCGGCGAAUUACUGCUCACUUUACCCCCGCUCCAAUCGAUCACGUGGCAAAUGAUCGAGCAGAUCCAGUUCGCCAAACUGUUCGGGGUCGCUCACAUUGAUAGUUUGUUGCAGGAGAUGCUCUUGGGAGGUGGCCUAGAUAAUCCGUUAAUUGUGCCAAAUCAGGUGCCAUCGCCGGCAACGCCGCAACCGAUUAACAAUAAUAAUAAUAAUAACAAUAAUAACGGGUAUCAGGCGUCGGAUUCGACCGAUAGUCCAGUUACGUCGCCCACUACGAUGCCGAGUAGUCCGGCCGAUCAGCUUAUUGGUGGGAACAGUGUUGCUAGUCCGCCGCAACAUACGCCACCUACAGCUACGUCCAGUGUUCUAAUCAUGAGAGAAAUCGGCAGUCUAGAAAACGCCUACAGUCUGUCUUUCAAACAUGAACCCAUUAAGGAAGAACAACAUGGAUUUUAGGAUGAUUAUUCAACUUUUUUUAUAGCAAAAAUAAUAUUUAUCCACGAGGACUUAACCUCUUAGUUUUGCCUUAAAUUUGCCAAAUCGAUAAUAAAAAAUUUUUACAAAAAGAGAUUAGGUAUACAAUUUUACAAAGAUCUAUGAAUUAUAUUUUAAAAUUUUUGAUAAUUUAUAUAAACUUCAUCGGCGCCUUAUCUAAGACAUAGGAAGUAGUUUUAAGUGUACUAAAGAUAUAUUUUAAUCAUAUUGGUUAUUUGAAGUUUAUACAAUAUUGUAUAUACAUAUUAUAAGGAAAAUGACGUUUUUUGGUAUUUUAUAGGUAUGUGAGGGCUGUGAAUUAUGACAACCCUAAGGCCCUAGUUAAGAAGUGUUUUUGAUUUUUAAAAAAACAGUUAACAAGGGUACAUUUUUUUUUGUAUACACUGAAAAGUUUGAAUCACCUUCAGGGAAUUAGGAUAUUUACUCAUAUAAAAUCUUGAACUUGUAGAUAUUUAAUUGAUUAUUUUAACUAGGGCCCUUAUCAAGUCUGUGCUUUCCCAUUAUGGUGCUCCAAAUCGUUAAAGUUGCUCAAAACAAACCAUUUUUUGUACAUAUGAAUCAAAUUGUUAAUAUUUUUUAUUGGAUUAAAUGGUUUAUCCAAUACGUAAAUUAGUAAGGGUAUUUAAUCCCUAUGUUGUACAUUUGUUGAUUUUUAUUAGUUAUUGGUGAAAGAUAUUUCUUGUUAAGUUUAUUACUUCAUAAAAUAUUGUUUAGUCAUUAGGUGGUGACUAGUUUUAUUGUAAAUUUAGUUGUUCUUAUGUUACUUUUUUAUUCCCUUUAUUUUUAGGUAUUGAUUAUAUAAAGGCUGGAGGUGGCAAUAAUUUGUUAUCAUAUUGUUAAAAUAAAUAUAUUUACAUUUAAAAAAAAA